AUGGCAACUCUAAAUAUAGGUGUACUUUCUCUUUAAGGUGCUUUCAUAGAGCAUUGCGAGAUUUUAUAAAAAAUAUCAAAUACAAUAAAUGUGAUAGAUGUACGCCAUCCUCAUGAGUUGAAAAAUUUAGACGCCUUAAUUCUUCCUGGAGGAGAAUCUACAACAUAAGGAAUAUUAUUAGAAAAAUACUAAAUGCUCUCAGUCAUAUAAGAAUUUGUAAAAUCAAAGCCAGUUUGGGGCAUAUGUGCAGGUGCUAUAAUGUUAUCAGAGAAGGUUUCUAAUUAACAAGUUAUAGGAAUUUAAGAAAAUGUAAAAUAUUAACCUUUGAUUGGCGGCCUAAAUAUAACAGUAAAUAGAAACUAUUUUGGAAGAUAAACAGACAGUGCAAUUAGAAGACUUGAAUUAACUUAAAAAGCAAAAAAUUUUGGUCUUUCAGAAGUAUCCCAUUUUAUAAGAGCUCCUGCUAUUUUGAAAAUUGACAAUAGUAAAGUAGACGUUUUAGCUACUACUAAAGUUGAAGGAGAAAAUUAAGUAAUUGUAGCAGUUUAAUAAUUUAAUAUGCUUGCAACUGUUUUCCAUCCUGAAAUAACAAAUGAAGACUAUUCUUGGCAUUCAUAUUUUUUGAAUAUAGUAAGAGCAAACUUCUGUACAAUAUAAAGACCCUUACAUUUAGAACAUUAUUACGGAAUCAAUGAUUCUAAUACUAUCAUUAAAAGCAGCUUGUCUGUAAAAGUUGGCUUUCUUAAAUUCCUUAAAGGUGGAGUAAUUAUGGAUGUUGUAAAUGCAACUUAAGCGAAAAUUGCAGAAGCUGCAGGCGCUUGUGCGGUGAUGGCUUUGGAAAAAAUUCCAGCUGAUAUUAAGGCUGACGGAUCUAUCGCAAGAAUGUCAGAUCCAAGAAUGAUAAAAGAAGUUCUAAAUGCAGUUUCUAUCCCUAUUAUGGCUAAAUCUAGAAUCGGGCAUUUUGGAGAGGCUUAAAUAUUGUAAACUUUAGGUGUUGAUUGUAUAGAUGAAAGUGAAGUUUUAACUGCUGCUGAUUAACAUAAUCAUAUUGAUAAAAGUGUAUUUAAAAUUCCUUUUGUUUGCGGAGCUAAAGAUCUUGGAGAAGCUCUUAGAAGAAUUUCUGAAGGUGCUUCUAUGAUUAGAAUGAAAGGGGAUGCAGGAACUGGUAAUGUUGUAGAAGCUGUAAAACAUACAAGAUCCAUUUUUGGAGAGAUAAGAAGACUUUAAUCUUUAAGAGAUGAUGAAAUUUAUGUCUUCGCAAAAUAACAUUAAGUUAAUUUAGAUUUAGUUAGAGAAGUAAGAAAACUUGGAAGAUUACCUGUUGUUACUUUUGCAGCUGGGGGUAUUGCAACACCUGCUGAUGUAAUUUUGUUGAUGGAAUUAGGAGUUGAUGGAGUCUUUGUUGGAAGUGGUAUAUUUAAAUCUGAUAUCCCUGAAAAAAGAGCUAGGGCUAUAGUAGAAGCCUGUAGCUUUUAUAAAAAUAAAGAAAUUGUAGCAAAGGUUAGCGAAAAUUUAGGAAAACCUAUGGUUGGAAUGUUAAUGAAAGGUGAAGCUUAUGCUUAUGCCAAAUUGUGAUUUAUAUAUUUAUUUAUUUUAUAUUAUUUUAUUUAAUAAUUUGAAUUUUUUAAAUUAAAAUUAUUUAUCUGUUUUAAAUAGAUAUUUAAUAUUUAUAA